AUGGAAGGUGAUAACUUAAUGGCACUCAUAUUCAAUCUGCUGCUGCUGUUUCCUUGUGCCUCCUUUGCAAGAAAUCUCUCCCAAGAAUGUUGGGAAGAUGUCACCGAAUUUCUUUCUGACCUGACUGCAGCAAACCCCAAAGCUUAUGCCGUGAGGAUGUAUGAUUCUGUUGGAAAACUCGGCAGCAAUAUCCUCAGUGGGAAUACAGACAGACUGGGCUGUUAUAGUGAAUGCGUUUCGACGGAGGCUCCUUCUGGAAGAUUCCGAGGGCAGUAUUGCAAACUUCAAGUACAGCAGGACAGCAUGGAUUACUACUGUGGAAUUUGCGUGCCCAGUUCCUGCUCUGAUGAAGACGUCACAGAACUAGCUAUCCUGGAUGUAUUUAAAUUCAAGACCGUCUCUUUCCUAUUGCCUGUCCCCACUCCGUUUGCUGUGAACUCGACACUCUCCUACGAGUCCACGGCCAGAUGUGCGAAAGACCUUUUCCCUUUGGAUGCAUUUGUAGCCGUUUGCCUCUUUGUUAGCGUCUCCUUUCUCGUCUUGCCUAUUGCUGGGACCGUUUCUGAAGUCUGGAGGAAAGCUAAGCGCGACCCCUCGGCAUUGUCUUCUGCCAAUUACGGGAGCACGGCUUCCAGUGAACAAGAUGAGGGUACCGUGGACUGGGUUCUCAAAUGUUUUUCUUUGCAAAAGAAUUUCCCAGCCGUUUGGCGGACGAAGCCCCCCAGGGAAGUCUCUUCAGCUCUAAACGGGAUCAGAGCCCUGAGUCUCCUAUGGAUUAUUUCUGGACACACCAGUCAGAUGACGGCCUGGCAGAAUUUAGAUAAUGUUUUAGAAUGGGAAGAGAAAGUGCUUAAAAACCCUAUUUACAUAUAUUCUCAAGGCGGACCCUUUUAUUUGGGAGUCGACACAUUUUUCCUCAUCAGCGGCUUGUUGAGUUCCCGAUCUCUCUUGAACACGUUGCGUCGCUCAGAAACAGAAAUCACCUUUUGUGUCACACUGCAAUAUCUCUGCAAUCGACUUUUCCGACUUCAGCCACUCCAUAUGUACUCUGUGUGCCUUUUGGCUGGCUUAUAUUCCGUCAUUCCUUGGGGAGCAUUAUGGGAGCCUUCGAAGCUUCAGGUGGAUAACUGCCGAAGCGUGUGGUGGGCCAAUCUGUUGUUGAUCAACAAUUUAAUCCCUGGGACAGAAUCAUGCAAUGGAUGGACAUGGUAUCUUGCCAAUGAUUUCCAGUUCUAUUUAACAACUCCUCUGCUGGUUUUUUUCCAUACCAGAAGUAAGCGUUUGCUGAUGGCCUCAGGAACCUUUCUUUUCCUGGCAACUUUCACAAUCACAGCUCUGCUGUCAUCGUUUUACAGACUUCCUAUUGCAAACCCACGUGACCUGAGGAAAAUGUCCACUGUGAUGUAUUUCGCAGAGUAUUAUUCAAAACCUUAUUGCCGAUAUGGACCGUUUCUAGUUGGCAUCCUUUUAGGGCUCUUCACCUACCAGCAACAAAAACCCAUCUUAAGAACUAAGGCGCAGGCUUCUCUCGGGUGGCUCUGUGCAAUGCUGUCCAUGCUGAUGGUGGUCGCUCUGGCUUACACACUGGAGGGCCCCCUCGACUCCUACUCACCUUCCAUCGCCAUUUACCAAGCUGUUCACCGGACAAUUUGGGCCGCUGCGGUGGGGUGGAUUAUUUUUGCUUGCGAGGAAGGCUUUGGAGGUUUCAUCGCCUGGUUGCUGUCAUGGGACAUUUGGGCCGUGGUGGCAAAAGUCAGCUAUGCCUGCUAUUUGGUGCAUCCCAUGUUGAUCUUGAUGUACAACGGAUUUCAGGAGACUCUCAUCCACUACUCAGACAUCAACAUGUUCUACUUGUUCCUUGGACACUGCUUGAUGACGUUUGUUAUUGGAUUGGCACUGACAGUGAUGGUUGAGAUGCCUCUUCAAGGGCUGAAGCAAUCUCGUGCGCAUCGACAGGCAGUUCCGUUGUAAAGGAGGAGGCAGUUGAUGGGCCUUCCCUUUAAACCACUGAGAGGAACAAUCUCAGCCUGUUGGAAAAUUGAUAAAAGACCUUACAACAGAAUUUUGAGAAGAUAACAACCGGGUCUAUGCUAUAAUAGCCAAACUAAUAAAUUGUGUAAACAGACAGGCAAAACAUGAAUUUAAUGAGAAAUGGAAAUUUUACUUUUUAUAUGAAGCUGAAUCAAUCAUGUAAAAAUAAAAAUAACUUCAGGAUGAAUAACGUGAUAAUGAUUAAGAUUUAAGAGACCAACCAGUAAAGCUGUUUUAGAUUUGGGGAACAGAAUAUGACAACUUAAAAAUCUUGUGCUGGUUUCUCUGGUAAUAGUAGAAUGUCAUAUUGGGAUUCAUUUUGUAAUGAUUAUACUAACAGUCUUGGGUAGAUGUCUUUUCUGUUAUGUUUCGUAUCUUUCUCUAUAUCUGUUAAAUAUAUCGUGAAAAUUAACGAUUUUUUUUAAAAAAAUAAACC